AUGGAAAUGGAAUCAUUCAUGGACGACCUUUUGAACUUCUCUGUACCGGAGGAAGAAGAGGACGAGGACGAAGGAUUGGGAGAAGGAGGAGAGGAUUCGCGACCCCCGAGGAAUAUAACUCGUCGGAAAACCGGAUUACGGCAGACGGACUCUUUCGGUCUCUUAAAUCCCGACGACCCUGGAGUUGUUGAGGAAGAGGAUUUGGAAUGGAUAACAAACAAAGAUGCUUUCCCUGUGAUCGAAUCAUUCGUCGGCGAAUUGCCAUCGGAGCAUUUCCGUAUAGUUUCACCGGUGCGAGUAGCGACUGAAGCGAAGCAGCUCAGUCCGGUUUCAGUAUUAGAGACGAGUAGCCAUAACAGCUCAACGACGACCUCCAACAGUAGCGGAGGAAGUAACGGAAGCACGGCGGCGGCCGCCGCUAUCACCAACAUGAUGAUGAGCUGCUGUGUAGGUUUAAACGUGCCGGUUAAGGCUAGGAGCAAGCGUCGCCGUACGGGACGCCGCGAUUUGCGAGUUCUGUGGACGGGGAACAACGAGCAAGGACCGCUGAAGAGGAAGGCGCCGUCGGUUGCGUCGUCGGCGGUUUCGAUGGGGAGGAAGUGUCAGCACUGUGGAGCGGAGAAGACGCCGCAAUGGAGGGCGGGACCAUCGGGGCCGAAGACUCUGUGUAACGCGUGUGGCGUGAGGUACAAGUCCGGGAGGCUUGUUCCUGAGUAUCGCCCGGCUAAUAGUCCGACUUUCUCGGCGGAGUUACAUUCGAAUUCUCACCGGAAGAUUGUAGAGAUGAGGAAGCAGUAUCAGUCCGGUGAUGGUGAUCGGAAAGAUUGUGGAUAA